AUGGUGAUGGAAAAGAAAUGGCAAGUUGCCACGAAUGGUGCUAAGAAAGCUGCGAAGGGCAGCAAGAAGAGGACAAGGUUCAGGAAAGGAAAGUACAAAGUGAUGAAGCAGGUUCACCCCAACACUGGCAUCUCCUUCAAGGCCGUGAGCAUCAUGAACUCACUCAGCAACGAUAUUUUCGAGUGCAUCAUGGCGGGGGGUGGAGGUGGGAGCAGCGGGGGUGGGGGGACUUCCCACCUGGCCCGUUACAACAAGUGCAGCAUCAUCAGUUCCCUGGAGAUCCAGACCGCUGUGCACCUACUGCUGCUUGAGGAGCUGGCCAAGCAUGCUGUGUCCGGGGGCACAAAGGUGGUGACCAAGUAG